GUGGUCAUUCGCCGGCUGCCAUGCUGCCAUGCUGCCUGCUCGGCUGCCAGCGGGCGUCCCGGGCGGACAAACGCCAAGUAAGGGAGCUAGGUUGAGCUUCCUCUUCUGGCGGAUGACAAGGCGAGCCGUUCAUUCAAAGGACGCUGCCCAGCCUUUGCCCAGGCCCAGUCAAGGCUGGGUAAUUCAAGUCUUUGCAUGGCAUUGCAACCGUUAUCUCUUGUCCAUGCCGCCUAUCGUCCUCCGGGGACCAACCAGCGCCUCUCCCCUGGUGACAAGGCGGGUCUUCUUCGGUCUAGCCUGCCUCCACUUUUCCACGCCCACAUGCCCUCCUGUUGGCCCUGCCCGACGGGGGGCAAACAUCCACAUCAGCGUGUCAGCAGUUUGAUCAGCUCCUGUCGGGCCUGUCUUCCCCAGGCCAGCCGGUGGGUUUGCGGUGGGUCUCCCCACGCGUGCGGAGCCUGCUGAUAUUCCUCCAAGUGCCCUGCCUCGUCAGUCCAGUACGCGAUAUCUCGCCCAGCACGACCGAGUCUGGUCACUGAGUGGGCAGAUCGCCGGGGACAGCCACGCGGGCUGAAAAUUUGGAUUCUUGGAAGCUUCCGCUCUCACGUUUAGACGCCGCCCCGGCUCUCCGCCAAGCGCGAGGAGCAGGCAAGCGGGGUGAGAAUGAGGAAGGUCCUCCCAAAGCCUAUACGAGGCGCACCCAGCUAACUCUAUCACCGCUGGCGCGAACAUGUCUGGGCGCGCCACAUCCUGGCCGCAGAAGCCAUGGAAGCUCGGCAGAAGGAGACUAGAAGCUCUCGCCCAGUCGCCCUGGGCUUGCUGUGCAUAAAUGCACGACGGUCCCCGCCGGCGAGACCUCUGCAUGCCCUCGUCCCCUUCGCCUGCUUCUUGUCUCAGAUCUUUUUCUGUUCCAGUCUUCGACCGGCCACACCCUCCUCUGUGAGCCCGCGCUAUCUGUCGUGUUUGUCUCGGUCUUGAAGGUCCAUACUCCCCCCCUUCGAGCUUAAACAAGACCCAAGACACGACCGCCCGUCAUGUCGGAGGUAGAAAAGGGUGCGGCGGCACCGCCAACCGUGCUCCAUCACAAGGACUCAUCAUCCGAUGGCGAGGUCGGCCGGAUCGAGGAGAAUGAGAGCUGGGCGACCCGCAAUGGCUUCAACCUGCGGUCCUUCCAGAAGAAGGACUCUGGUUCCAACAUCACUCUUGAGCGGCCCAUGAAGACUCGCCAUCUGCACAUGAUCUCCAUCGGUGGCUCCAUUGGUGCUGGUUUCUUCGUCGGCUCCGGUGCCGCCCUGGAAAGGGGUGGCCCUGCUACUCUGCUUAUCGACUUUGCCAUUAUCGGUAUCAUGAUGUUCAACGUCGUGUACGCUCUCGGUGAAAUGGCUGUCAUGUUCCCUGUCUCUGGUGGCUUCUACACUCUGUCAACUCGCUUUAUCGACCCGUCCUGGGGCUUCGCCAUGGGCUGGAACUAUGUCUUCCAAUGGGCUAUCGUGCUUCCUCUCGAAUUAACGGUCUGUGGUCUCGUCAUGGCCUAUUGGACUCCAAACACGAAUGUCGGGGUCUGGAUUGCCGUCUUCCUCGUCCUCAUCACUCUUGUCAUGAUGUUUGGCGCCAUUGGAUUCGCAGAAGAAGAAUUCUGGGCCGCGCUUCUUAAGCUCUGUGCUAUUAUCAUAUUCAUGAUUAUCGCCCUCGUCCUUGUCCUCGGUGGUGGUCCUGAGGGGGGUCGCUAUGACGAGUACCAGGGAUCGAAGACAUGGCAGGACCCAGGCGCGUUCCGGAACGGUUUCCGAGGCUUCUGCGCCGUCUUCGUCACGGCUGCCUUCUCCUUCUCCGGUACUGAGCUCGUUGGUCUGGCCGCUGCUGAGGCCAAGAACCCCAUCAAGGCCCUUCCUGGUGCUAUCAAGCAGGUCUUCUGGCGAAUCACCCUCUUCUACAUCCUUGGCCUCAUGUUUAUUGGCCUGCUCAUCCGCUCAGAUGACGAACGUCUUCUCGGCGCCAAUGGCGACUACGUCUCGGCUUCGCCAUUCGUCCUUGUCGGCGAGUAUGCUGGUCUGAAUGGAUUCAACCACUUCCUUAACGUCGUCAUCGUUGUUUCGGUCAUGUCUAUCGGCGUGUCUGGCGUCUAUGGAGGCUCACGUACCUUGACUGCCCUCGCUCAGCAUGGCUACGCUCCCAAGAUCUUCACCUACAUGGACCGUGCCGGCCGUCCGACAUUCUCCCUUGCGGUCGUCCUCGCUUGCGGUCUCCUUGGCUUCAUCAACCUGGACGCCCAGGGAGAGGUUGUCUUUGACUGGCUUGUUGCCCUGUCUGGUCUCGCUGCCCUCUUCACCUGGGGCUCCAUCUGCUUGGCUCACAUCCGAUUCCGCAAGGCCUGGGCAUACCACGGCCACACGCUUGACGAGAUUCCUUUCCAGGCAAUUGGUGGCGUCUACGGCUCGUGGCUGGGUCUCAUUCUCUGCAUCCUCGUCCUGAUAGCUUCGUUCUACAGCGCUAUCUGCCCUCCUGGCAUGUCAGGAGUUGGUACCGCAGAAGACUUCUUCAUGGCCAUGCUUGCGCUGCCUGUGGUUAUUGUCUUCUGGAUCUGUGGAUAUUUCUGGAAGAAGGAGGGUUGGCUGCGAACCUCGCAGAUGGAUGUUGACACCGGCCGCAAGGAGCACGAUUGGGACUACAUCAACGCUGAAAAGGCCAGAAUCGCUGCUUUCCCCCUGUGGAAGCGUCUGGUCUGGAAGUGGUUCGUCUAGAGAGGCAGUGAUUCCCUACGUGUUGUUCACGCUUGUACAAAAGCUAUGGGCAUGCGGGUGUGUACACGAUGCGCGAGGUGC